AACAGUAGAUUAGAUCUUAAACCAAGAACAGGUCAACAUGAGCUUCAACCUAGGAUUAGGUUAACCCCGUUACCAAACAAACCCAAAUCUUUCUCAAUCCCAAACCCUCAAACCCAAAACCCUAACCCUAUAAUCGCCUAUAAAAGCUGGAGUCCAUUCUCUUCAACCUCAACCUGGGCGGCCUCUCAAACCCUAGUUCACUAUAGUAAGCAACAAUGGCGGUGCCUUUGCUUACGAAGAAAAUCAUUAAGAAGAGGGUUAAAAGCUUCAUUAGACCCCAGAGUGAUCGCAAGAUCUCUGUCAAGGAAAGCUGGAGAAGACCAAAGGGUAUUGAUUCUCGAGUAAGAAGAAAGUUCAAGGGAGUUACUCUCAUGCCCAACAUCGGUUACGUCUCUGACAAGAAAACCCGCCAUUAUCUCCCAAAUGGGUUCAAGAAAUUUGUUGUGAACAAUGUCAAUGAGUUAGAACUUCUGAUGAUGCACAACAGAACCUAUUGUGCUGAAAUUGCACACAAUAUCUCUACAAGAAAGAGAAAGGAGAUUGUUGAAAGAGCUUCUCAGCUCGAUGUUGUUGUCACUAACAGUCUUGCUAGGUUGCGUAGCCAAGAGGAUGAGUAGACUUUUUCCAAUAUUUUGACACAAUUCUUGUUUAUGUCCCAAUUUUUGUUUCAUUUGACCACCAUUUUUGAUCAGAUCAAAUAUUUAGUUUUUGAGUUAUUUUUCUCUGAAUUGUAUUUACCACAUUCUUCACAAAUAUAUAAAAUGAACAAUCUUCUGUUGUGUA